UAAUUGUUUUUUCUUUUGUGUUCAUUAGUUUUGUUAACUGCUUUUGUUGUUGCUGUUGUUGCGCUUCGUUAGUUCGUGCUUUUAUUCGGACUUCGUUUUUAUCUCUUCAUUUAGUUGGCAUUUAAUUGUGUUUGCUGUAAUAUGGCGUUAAGUCGGUCGGAUUUUGAGCAUGGGAGGCAAGAUUCUUAUCGUGUCGCCACGGUUAUACCAACCGAUGACGACAAUCUUACAGCCGAUGGCCAUUACAAGUCAAAACGCAAAAUGCCGAGUAAAGCAGCGAAAAAGGAGAAUUUAGAUGAUCUCAAACAGGAGUUGGAUAUUGAUUAUCACAAAAUCACUCCUGAGGAAUUGUAUCAGCGCUUUCAGACACAUCCUGAAAAUGGUCUAAGUCACGCUAAAGCUAAAGAGAAUUUAGAACGCGAUGGUCCUAAUGCUCUAACACCACCAAAACAAACACCCGAAUGGGUGAAAUUCUGUAAGAAUUUAUUUGGUGGCUUCGCUAUGCUAUUGUGGAUUGGUGCGAUAUUGUGCUUUGUGGCCUAUUCGAUUCAGGCCAGUACCAGCGAAGAGCCAUCAGAUGACAAUUUGUAUCUGGGUAUUGUACUUUCCGCUGUAGUUAUAGUUACCGGUAUCUUCUCAUACUAUCAGGAAUCGAAAAGUUCAAAAAUUAUGGAAUCUUUCAAGAAUAUGGUUCCUCAAUUCGCUACUGUUAUACGUGAGGGAGAGAAAUUAACAUUGCGUGCCGAAGAUUUGGUGCUCGGUGACGUGGUUGAAGUGAAAUUUGGUGAUCGUAUACCAGCCGACAUACGUAUAAUUGAAGCCCGGAACUUUAAAGUAGAUAAUUCAUCACUGACGGGUGAAUCUGAACCACAAUCUCGUGGACCUGAAUUCACGCAUGAAAAUCCUUUGGAAACAAAGAAUCUAGCUUUCUUCUCAACUAAUGCCGUGGAAGGUACAGCUAAGGGUGUUGUUAUUAGUUGUGGUGAUCAUACUGUAAUGGGGCGUAUUGCGGGUCUGGCAUCCGGUUUGGAUACUGGUGAAACGCCUAUUGCUAAGGAAAUCCAUCAUUUUAUCCAUUUAAUUACCGGUGUGGCUGUAUUCUUGGGUGUUACAUUCUUCGUAAUUGCUUUCAUUUUGGGCUAUCACUGGUUGGACGCUGUUAUCUUUUUGAUAGGUAUUAUUGUUGCUAAUGUACCUGAGGGUCUUUUGGCUACCGUCACUGUGUGCUUAACACUCACAGCCAAACGUAUGGCUUCAAAAAAUUGUUUAGUAAAAAAUUUAGAGGCUGUUGAAACUUUGGGCUCCACUUCAACUAUUUGCUCAGAUAAGACCGGAACACUGACACAAAAUCGCAUGACUGUCGCUCAUAUGUGGUUUGAUAAUCAGAUUAUUGAAGCUGAUACUACAGAAGAUCAAUCGGGUGUUCAAUACGAUAGAACUAGCCCUGGAUUUAAGGCGUUGUCUCGUAUUGCCACCCUCUGUAACCGUGCUGAAUUCAAAGGUGGUCAGGAAGGUGUUCCCAUUUUGAAAAAAGAGGUCAGUGGGGACGCAUCAGAGGCUGCGCUCCUUAAGUGUAUGGAAUUGGCUUUGGGUGACGUAAUGAGCAUUCGCAAACGUAAUAAAAAAAUUGCAGAAAUUCCUUUCAACUCCACUAACAAAUAUCAAGUGUCCAUACAUGAAACUGAAGAUCCCUCAGAUCCACGUUACUUACUUGUCAUGAAAGGUGCACCCGAACGAAUUUUAGAACGCUGUUCUACCAUAUUUAUCAAUGGUAAAGAAAAGGUAUUGGACGAAGAAAUGAAGGAGGCUUUCAAUAAUGCCUACAUGGAACUUGGCGGUUUAGGAGAACGCGUGUUGGGUUUCUGUGAUUUCAUGCUGCCCUCUGAUAAAUACCCAACGGGAUUCAAGUUCAACACUGACGAUGUGAAUUUUCCUAUUGAUAAUUUACGUUUUGUCGGUCUUAUGUCCAUGAUUGAUCCUCCCCGAGCUGCUGUGCCCGACGCUGUAGCCAAAUGUCGUUCAGCUGGUAUUAAGGUUAUUAUGGUAACCGGUGAUCAUCCUAUUACUGCCAAAGCUAUUGCCAAAUCGGUCGGUAUUAUUUCGGAAGGUAACGAAACGGUAGAAGACAUUGCCCAACGUUUAAAUAUUCCCGUAUCGGAAGUCAAUCCUCGCGAAGCUAAGGCUGCCGUAGUGCACGGUGCUGAAUUGCGUGAUGUUAGCUCUGAUCAACUAGAUGAAAUUUUACGUUACCACACUGAAAUUGUAUUCGCGCGUACAUCACCUCAACAGAAGCUUAUUAUUGUAGAGGGUUGCCAGCGCAUGGGUGCCAUUGUCGCAGUAACGGGUGAUGGUGUCAAUGAUUCGCCAGCGUUGAAAAAAGCUGAUAUUGGUGUUGCUAUGGGAAUUGCUGGAUCGGAUGUAUCCAAACAGGCAGCAGACAUGAUUUUAUUAGAUGACAAUUUUGCUUCAAUUGUAACGGGUGUUGAAGAAGGCCGUUUGAUUUUCGAUAAUUUAAAGAAAUCCAUAGCUUAUACAUUGACAUCUAACAUUCCUGAAAUUUCACCCUUUUUGGCAUUCAUCUUAUGUGACAUACCUUUGCCUUUGGGUACAGUUACUAUUCUUUGCAUUGAUUUGGGUACCGAUAUGGUACCGGCCAUUUCGCUUGCCUAUGAGCAACCGGAAAGCGAUAUAAUGAAACGUCAGCCUCGUGAUCCUUAUCGUGACAAUUUGGUUAAUCGCAGACUAAUUUCAAUGGCUUAUGGACAAAUCGGUAUGAUACAAGCGGCUGCAGGUUUCUUUGUAUAUUUCGUUAUAAUGGCUGAGAAUGGUUUCUUGCCAUUGAAACUAUUCGGUAUACGAAAAAUGUGGGAUUCCAAAGCAGUAAAUGAUUUAACUGAUUCUUACGGUCAAGAAUGGACAUAUCGGGAUCGCAAAACUUUGGAAUACACGUGCCAUACUGCAUUCUUCGUAUCGAUUGUCGUUGUACAAUGGGCUGAUCUAAUCAUUUGUAAGACGCGACGAAAUUCAAUAUUCCAACAGGGCAUGAGGAAUUGGGCCUUGAAUUUCGGUUUAGUAUUUGAAACCAUUUUGGCUGCCUUCCUCUCAUAUUGUCCUGGCAUGGAGAAAGGUCUACGCAUGUACCCACUAAAAUUUGUUUGGUGGUUCCCAGCCAUUCCAUUUGCUUUGGCCAUUUUCAUCUAUGAUGAGACUAGACGUUUCUAUUUGCGUCGCAAUCCCGGGGGCUGGUUGGAACAGGAGACCUAUUAUUAAAUUUACAAAGAAAUCAUGUAUUUUUCUGGCUGCUUCACAUUCUCUCUGUAUAUCUCUCUCUCUCGUCUUUCUUCGAAGAAAAAGAAGAAGAAGAAAAAAAAAAUCGAUGAUAAUAAGAACGCCGCCAACACCACCAUAACUUUUAAAAACAAACAGCAAUCACAACCACUACAGCAACAACAACAACAACUGCAACAACUAAUUUAACUUCAAUAUCACCAGCUUCGAGCACCUGUGCGUUUAUCUGUUUUCCGCUUUCUGUUAAAAGGAUAAGGAGAGAAGAAUAAUAUCAGAUGGUUUCUAUCAAUUUUUUUUCUUAAAUUAUUUUAAUUUUCCAAUUAAAAUAUUAACAAAACAACAAAAACA